GUGUUUGUUUACUAAUGUAGUCUCUGCAAUGAAUUUUCCGAUAACAAACUGUCAGGUGUGUAACGCUACGGAAGAGGAUGGAUGUUUGUUUUAUUUUCCUAAAAGCAAAGCCAGGGCAAUUGCAUGGCUUAAUGCAUUAAACCUCUCUUUAUGUGUGAAUAAAGUAAUGGGACAUUAUAAGGUGUGUUUGAAACAUUUUGAAGAUAAAUGUUUCACUAAUACUUUGAAGCAGAAACUUAAUAGAAAUGCCUUACCUUCGCUGUUGCCUUCUAUAUCAGACGAAGCGGAACCAUUUACGACAAGUGAACCAGACUCAACAACCUGGCAAGAGGAGGUUUCCGAAAUGAAUGCCUUACCUUCGCUAUUGCCAUCUAUAUCAGACAAAGCGGAACCAUUAACGACAAGUGAACCAAACUCAACAACCUGGCAAGAGGAGGUUUCCGAAAUAAAUGCCAUACCUUCUCUAUUGCCAUCUAUAUUAGACGAAGCCGAACCAUUAACGACAAGUGAAUCAAACUCAACAACCUGGCAAGAAGAGGUUUCCGAAAUGCUGAAAUCUUUGGACAUGAAUUCAUGGGUAAUUUCAACUAUUGUUUAA